CAACAAUCGAACGACUCGGGCAGAUCGCGAAUUGGGUACCAGAAACGGAAGAGAAAAUGUCUGAGGCUGCCAACCAAGACAAUAUUCCUGGGGACACAGGUGUCGGUCCCAAUCCAGAGGGGGCGCCUGCCGCACAUGAGGCCGACAAUGCGGAUGAUAUUCUAGAUUCUGAUUUAGAUGGUCCCGAUGUGCUUGAUGACGGAGAUUCUGGCUUUGCAAGUGAAACAGGUGAAAAUUGGACCGAUUCACUUGCAUCGAGCAUUCGGCAUUACAGAAAGGCAUAUGGGAGGACAUACCACUCGUUCAAAGAAGGAAAAUAUAAUGUGCCAAACGAUGAGCAAGAACAAAAUCGACUUGAUUUGCAGAACCAUCUGUUCAUGCUGACAUUGGGUGGAAAAUUACACCUUGCCCCAAUCAGCGAAAAUAUCCACAAUUGUCUGGAUAUUGGAACUGGAACUGGUAUAUGGGCUACGGAUUUUGCUGAUGCACAUCCAAAUGUAAAGGUCACGGGAACAGAUCUGAGUCCCAUUCAGGCCACAUGGGUCCCUCCUAACGUCGAAUUUCUCAUUGAUGACGCAGAAGAACCAUGGGCAUUUCCUGAGAAAUUUGACUUCGUCCAUGCCCGUCAAAUGGUAGGGUCAUUUGCCAGCUGGCCCAAGUUUGUAGAGACUGCAUACGAGGGAAUCAGUCCCGGUGGGUGGAUCGAGCUUCAAGACAUUGGCAUACUUGCAAGUGACGACCAAGAUAUUACCCAGACAGGGAUUGAUCAGUGGUACCGUACGGUCGCUAAGGCAUUUGAUGCCAUCGGGAGAGGUGUUCAGACGGCAGAGCAUCAUGCGGAGAUGUUGAAGGCUGCGGGAUUCGAGGAAAUUCAUCAUGAAGUGUUUAAAUGGCCCCUAAACACUUGGCCUAAAGACCGAAAGAUGAAGGAGAUUGGCCUUUGGUCUCGGGAAAAUAUGCUGGAUUGUCUCGAGGCUUGGUCGAUUGUCCCCUUUACACAGUUCCUUGGAUGGAGUUUAGAAGAGGUACAAGUGUCGCAAGCAAAGGCGAGAGCGAGUUUGCAUGACACCUCGAUUCAUGCGUAUUGGAAGAUCCAUGUCGUGUAUGGGAGGAAGCCGCUUGGAACUGCGGAAGGUGCUCAGGCCUAGUUACGCGAUAAAGAGAACUUUGAGGUGGUACGGAACUUAUAGAAGUCUAGAUGAAUGGAUUAUUAUUCCACAGUCAAUUUACUGGUUGAUGUAUUGGCACCACAACCAGUGAUCGAGGUCGCAGACGGGGUUUGACUACAAACCAUGCCCAGGUCAGUCGUCCGGCCCGUUUCGGACGCAGAGCCGGAAGGCAUUGAAACAGCCUGCAAAUCACGCUCAAGGGCGGAGGAGGUUUACGGACGAAGAUUUGCUCAUCCCGCCAGAUUAAAGUUGUAGUUUUGAGCAAGUGCAGCUAGAAUCUCGUCCAUAUUCGUAACACUUCACAACCCU